AUGAAUAACCCAUAUUUAUUGCCGACAUUUUGAUACUAAAAUGGUUGAAAUCUUAUGAACAGAUCGCGAUCAGAGACGCUCUUGUUAUUAUUGUUGAGUGAUUAUUCUCCUUUAAGGUGGGAAGGGGGGAGGUGUAGGCGGAGCAAGGAACUUUCGAGGUGAGGGGGCGGUUGUACACUGGCUAGGAACGGAACACUUUACGGAAUUUUUAAUGCGUGCCAGUCCGAGGUGACGACGUCCGCCCCUGGCAUACAUUUCUUUUUAAAAAUUGACAAGUUUGGGAUCCCAGAUCUUCACGAGUUUGCAACAGGUUCUUAUAAAACACAUCGCAUGUUUGUUAAAUUUGGCAUGAUAAAUUGAUCGGCGGAGGUGGGUUUUUGUCUAUAUGAAAAAUACAAAAAUUGUUGAUAUUGCGUGACAUCUGUAAAAAGAUCCAUUGUUUAAAAAAAUGCAGAACGAGACUAUGUCACGCAAAAUUUACUUGAAGCAAAGUAAUAGGUGAAUUCAAGAGAAAGUGAGGUGAUCUCUUGGUAAAUUUCAUAUUGAAGCUAAAUUUUGCGUUUGUCUAUCGUUGUUCUUUGGAGUAAAAGUAUCAGGAGCCCAUGACGGGUAGCUGCAUCCAUGGAGAGGAAAUUCUACGAUGUUGUUAUCAUUGGAGGUGGUAUCAUGGGGUCAUCAUCGGCUUACUUUCUUGCGAGCAGAAUGACGCCUGAAAUUGGCAAAAUUUGUGUAAUUGAGCGUGAUCCUACGUACUCAAAGGCGACAACAACACAUUCACUGGGUGGAAUUAGACAGCAAUUCUCCUUGGCUGAAAACAUUCAAAUGUCACAAUAUAGCUUUCAGUUUCUGACAGAAAUUGAUCAACACUUAAGAAUUGAAGGGUGUGAACCCCCUGACAUCCAGCUUAACAGACAAGGUUAUCUGUUUCUGGCAAGCAAGGAAGGAGAAGAAAAAAUGAAGAAAAAUCAUGAUCUCCAAAGGAAGCUAGGUUGCCACGUCAAACUUCUUUCACCCAGCGAACUCAGAGUGCAAUUUCCCUGGCUCAACACAGACGGAAUAACACUAGCUUCGUUGGGUACAGGAGAUGAAGGUUGGUUUGAUCCAUUGUCUUUGCUGAAGGCCUUCAAGAGGAAGGCCACACAUUUAGGCGUGGAAUACAUCUCUGGAGAGGUCGUGGACUUCUUUUCAGAUCUGAAUGGACAAAUAAGCGGUGUUAAGGUUUGAGUUAUUGUAUUUUAUCGUACUGCUGACCAAUUUAGAGAUAAUGUGCCAAAAUUUAUAAAGGCAAAUUAAGAUAAAUGUCAUUAUCAAGUUUUAAACAAAUAAAUUUGUGGUCUUCUACCCCCCAAAUCAAUAUAUUUUUUUAUAAAACAACUCUCCUCAACUCGGUUGGAAUUAAAAAAUGAGCUUUUCGAGGUCACAUUCCACAAAAGUUAACAAAAAACUACCCCCCUAAGUUUUAAAAGCUUGUGUUCAUUAUAAGAACGAUAACUUACUAAUGCAUGGCUCCAGAAGCAUGGAAUUAAGUUCAUCCUGUCCAUAACAAAGUUGUCCUCUGAAAACGGUGUUUUGAGUGUCUUUUUUUUUCUUGGAAAUGGGGAAAAACCUACUGGUAAGAGUUGUAGUAAUAAGUAUAGCUGCCAAAUUACCCCAGCGACUCCUCCUUUUUAAUUAUUCAAAAUGGCCACCAACAAAAGUUCGAGAAAAUCAGACCCUAAAGUGGGGUGUAAAAGUGGGUCAUUGUGAAAAGUGGGAGCGACGGUCCCACUGAGCCCUUCUUUUUAAUUUAUUCAAAAUAGCUGCCAAUAAAAGUUCGAGAAAAUUGCAAAAAGUGGACAAAAUUCUGGUGCGUAAGGGGGUACUGUACUGGUGGGGCAAGGGAAAAGUGGUGCGAGAAUGACGUCAUGAGGAGGGGGUUUUGGGUAGCCAAUCACAGGGUGCAGCAUGAGGUUGAGGUUUUUUUGAGGAGGAGGGGCUGCUAGGAUGACGUCAU